AUGCCGGAGGUGCGAGAGGGCUGUGUAAGUGAAGGCAGAGAUAAGAGGCUUUCUAGUCACGUACAACCUCUGUGGCCAGAUGCAGUGAUGGAACUUCAUCGCUAUGGGUCAGACCAGUUGUUCAAACCAGUGUAUCUUAUUCAUCCACAAUUGCGUCUGGCAACUCUCCCACUGGGAAACAAUGUCAGCUGGGAUUCUCCCCACUCCCCCGAUGACUUACAUGCACAAUAUAGUAUACAGUACCCGUCCUAUUACUACGAUGAAGAGACGGAAGCUCCUCUUUAUCUCACCUUCUUUGAAGACCAAAUUGAAGUGAAGAAAGAACAUGCAAAGCAGUUCAUAACAUUUUUAAGAGAGCAUCAGAGUAAAAUCUGCCUUCCGGUGAUUAAGAGGCCUGACAUAGAAAACUGGGGAACUGGCAUUCAAGCUAUAGAGUCUGCUCUGCAGUUGGAAAACACAUUAAGCAAACUCCUGCAAGACCUGAUGAGCUUGGCUUCUCAGAAUAGUGAAAUUGAUCUCCUAAACUUCCUGAAAAAGUUCCCGGAUAAACAGAAAAGGAACAUAAACUAUCUGGAAUACCAACGUAGCUAUCAAAAGGAAUUAGAUAGGCUGACUGAGAAGGAAGUCACACCUGAAAGCCUUGGUGAACCAUCAGGGAAUGGGAAAGAAAUGAGGAGUUUAGAGAUAGAUGUGAUGUGA